ACAGACAUCCAGCUGGCGUGUUGGCGUGCGUAAAGUGGAUUUAACUCGUCAAAUGAGGCGGUUUGUUGUCUUGUGUCGUGUCUUGAGAGGGCUGAGAUGAACACAGCAGGCCUGGCUGAGCCAACACCUGCACCUUCUUACAUAACAGUGACGCUAGCCAGCACCUGUAGAAGUCCAGGCCCAGACAGCUGCUCUCCUUCACAGCGCAGUGAGGAAGUCCUCUGUGGUGGAUCAAGCAAAUAUGAGGAUUGAACUUCUCCCAGCUCUCACUGACAACUACAUGUACCUCCUGAUCGAUGUGGACUCCAAAGAAGCUGCUGUUGUCGACCCUGUGGAGCCAAUAAAGGUUGUGGAAGCCAUCAGAAAACAUGGUGUAAAACUCACGACAGUUCUGACAACUCAUCACCACUGGGAUCAUGCUAGUGGAAAUGAGAAGAUGGUAAGGCUAAUGCCAGGGCUGAAGGUCUAUGGAGGAGAUGACAGGGUUGAUGCUAUUACAAAGAAAGUUUCUCAUUCCAACACCUUCAAACUUGGAUCACUCAAUGUCAAAUGCCUGUUUACACCAUGUCACACAACUGGUCACAUCUGUUACUAUGUGACAAAAGAAAACAGCAGUGAGCCACCAGCUGUUUUCACAGGGGACACACUUUUUGUGGCUGGUUGUGGUAAAUUCUUUGAAGGUACAGCAGAGCAGAUGCACAAAGCUUUGAUAGAAAUUCUUGGACGUCUGCCUCCUGAAACGCGUGUUUACUGCGGUCAUGAGUACACCGUCAGCAAUCUGAAAUUCGCGCGUCAUGUGGAACCAGACAACGAAGUCAUUCAGAAGAAGCUAGCGUGGGCGAAGGAGAAAUGCAGCAAUGGAGAACCGACCAUCCCGUCCACUCUGGCAGAUGAAUUCACAUUCAACCCCUUUAUGAGAGUAAAAGAGAAGUCUGUCCAGGACCAUGUAAAGCAGACAAACCCGAUCGAAACCAUGAGAAGUCUCCGGAAAGAGAAAGACAGCUUCCGGGUGCCCAAGGAGUGAUGUGCACACAGAAAUGCUUACAAGCCUUCAAUAGCAUACUACGUAAAUCUGCAGUUCAUCUUCAAAGCCACUUUAAUAAUCAGUAGAUCUGCUACAUUCACCCUGUCAAUACACACACUAAGCCCUAAUAUGGCUCUAAACUUAUCUGUCAUUAUUUUAGUUGCAUUUGGUUUGUUUGGAUGCUGUUGGUGUGAUAAUCUUCAGGAAUAUAUGGCCAUUAAUUUAAUGCUUUAAAUGAGAAAAGAGUUUGUUAAAUCUGUUCAUGGCAGUUUUAUGUUGUAAUAUAUGUACAAAUGACUAUUUUAUGAAGUGUUCAAAUUCAAAAACACAUUAACAAGACAGGGACCUGCAUGAAUAACAAAUGUUGUAAAAAAUUCUGUAAAUUGAUAAAGUAAUUUCUUUAAAGACUCGUAUGAAUGUUUUAUUCUGACCUGGAAUGUUUCUUCAAGACAUUUCUUCACAUAUUUGCUAGUUUUAUUGUUUACUAGGUGAGCUUUGGCCUUUUUUUUCUUAUUUCUUAUUUUAUUUGUUAUUAUGUCUGCCUGCUUACUGGUGUGUCAGCAUUAAAUGUUAGAUAUCCUGAAUGCUCUUUUGCAUGAAAAGUAAAAAUUUACAAAGAAUGUUGCAUGACGAUCUUUGCAGAAAGCAAUAAAACUUGUACUUUAAGACAGUAGAAACAAAAGUUGCAUUCAGAAUGUACUUUAAGUAAGUACUCAAGGGAUAAAGUACACAUGCAGAAUGCUAUUGUUGAAAGUGUAAUAUAUGUUAUUGAAUUAUUACAAGUAUAUAAAUAUGUAGGCAUUCCAAGCGUAGCUGCUCUUCAUCGCUGGUAUCUAGUGAAGUAGAAGUGUAGAAGUACUAGAGUGAAUCAGUACUGGCAAUGACCAAUGAGAGUGUUGGAUUCUAUUAAAGUAUUUUACACCCAGA